AUGGGUCACUAUUAUCCAACCUCUGGAUAUAUCUACAAUAGAGAUGAGGGUGAAUGGGAACUGGCAAAGUUCCUGGCAUUGAACUUCACUCAAUCACAGAUGAAUCAGUUUCUCAAGCUCAAAUGGUUCAAAACUCAGGUUAAACCAUCAUUUAAAUCAGCAGAUCAAUUGCUUGGGUGGAUGGCAAGUUUGCCUCAUGGCCCACAAUGGCGCAGGACUACAGUAGAGUUCAAAGGCUAUAAAUCCAUGCACCCCAUUCAGCUCAUAUGGCAGGAUGCCCUCGAGGUUGUCAAGGAUCUUUUCUCCAAUCCCAUCUUCACAAACUUCAUGACCUAUGACCCACACAUGGUCUUUCAAGGACUGGAAAGGGAGUAUAGUGAGUUUUUCACAGCAACACAUGCAUUUGACAUCCAAGUGCAGCUUCCUCAGGGUGCAACCAUCACUCCAAUCAUUAUUGCCUCUGACAAAACCCCAGUGACGAGGCACACUGGAGGGCUGGAAAUGCACCCAGUCUUUAUUAUGAUUGGCAACAUCCAGUCUGAUGUGAGGAUGCAGGCAUCAUCUCAUGCAUGGCGCUGCAUUGCUUUCAUGCCAGUUCCUGUCUUCGAGGUUCACCCAGAUUUCCAAACAAUUCUUCAUGCUUUUUUCACCAGUCUUUACUCAAACUGUUUUACCCCUCUAGUCACAUAUAUUGCAGAUCUUCCCAAGCAACAGCUAGUUGCUUGUGCAUGGAACAUCCCCUCUUUCCAGAAGGCUGCCAAAGCAGAGAAGUUACUGGGCAUGCACCACCCUUUCUGGAGGGACUGGAAGUUUGCUGACCCUGCACACUUCUUGGUGGGGGAAAUUCUCCACACUUGUUGUAAGUUCUUUUUUGACCAUAUUCAACACAAGCAUGUUGGCAUCAGGCAUUUUGCUUCUGGCAUCUCACAUGUGAAGCAGAUGAUGGGCAGAGACCAUCGUGAUAUUGAGAGGACCAUCAUCCCCAUGUUAGAUGGCACCAUUCCACCUCUAUUCAUCUAUGCUGUUUGCUCCAUGGUGGAGUUCAUUUAUAGGGCACAACAACCUAUCCACACCAACUUGUCUAUCGCAUCAAUGACUGCCACCUUGCAGGCAUUCCACACCACUAAACACUCCAUUCUUGAUGCAGGGGCUCAAAGGGGAGCCAAGGGCUCCAUGGACAACUUCAACAUCCCAAAACUGGAACUUAUGCACACCUUUGCUUGCCACAUCAAGGAGAAUGGCACUCUCAUCCAAUACACAGCAAAUCUCCUCAAUCACAAGGAAACUAUCCACUCCUUUGACCUUUACAUCUUACUCUGCAGUUUGGAUUUGGCACUUGACACUGCAAUUAUGGUCAAAAAUGAGGAAGUUACCAGUGUGGACCUGGCAUUAUCUUCUAUCAAUCAUGUUCUUCUGGAGAAAGAGACUAUGUUCCAAAGACCUUGGCCUUUUCAAAAUCACUUCAAUGACCCCAAAUGCUUUUCAUUGUCAAGUGGAGCAUUUGCAUUCCAUGUCACAGUGACAUAUGAACUCCCAGACCUCCCACAGGUAAUAUCCGACUACAUCUCUGCUGCUUUGUGUGGAAGCCAGGCUGUUCAGGCCUUCCCUCCCUCAGAUUCUCACCCUCUUGGAAACUGUGAUGCAGUGUUGUUGAAGCAUGUGAAUGAUGAUGUGAACUUUGAUGUUGCUCAGGUGCAGGCAAUAUUCAUGCUGAAGACAAAGAAGGAACUUCCUGUUUAUCUUGGCCCCAUCCCUCUCAUUUAUGUCUGUUAUUUUCACAUUGUCUGGCUGCCUGAGCAAAAUGGCAGGGUCAGACUAUACAGAGUUCAACAUAUUCCCCCUUCUUCCACAGGUGCAAGUGGCAUCAUCCCAUUGACCAAUGUUAUUCAUGCUGUGGAACUGGUACCUGUCUACAACACACGCACCUCCCACGCCACGAUCGACGAUGCCGGUGCCGUCACGAGGCGUCAGACACUCCGAACGGUCGUCCCCGCCGCCGAGGGCGAGCCGCUGUGGCUGGGAGGCCGGUCCAAAAUUUGCAGCUCCCACGCACCGCCACCUGCCAAUUUUUCGGAAUAA